UCUGCUCUCCUUGUUGGCAUUGAAGAGAUCCUCUAGGAAAAGACGAUCUUGCUGCUUCCAUCUCCUCCUUCUCCUUCUCCUUCUACUUCUUUCCUUCUUCCUUCCUUCCUUCCUCCUCCUCCUCUUUAUUUCCUUGUCUACACGGUGGAAGCUUAGCGACACAGCAUCCUCAGAAUUUUCUCUCUCUCACACGGCAGGUGAUCCAUGAGAAGAGUAUUGUAACAAUUAUUUAAGAUGAUAAUUGGAAAUUCAAGAAAAGGUUAUCAAGGGAAGCAAGAGGAUGAUGAUAGUAGUACUGCUCGUCAUCACCAACAACACAUCAUUGGUAACGGUAGUGAUAGGUUAUACAACAAGGUAGGCUCUUCCUCCUCUUCAAGACAAUGGUCGGGUCUGAGAAACCCAAGAAUCGUGCGAGUCUCACGGUCUUUUGGAGGCAAAGAUAGGCACAGCAAGGUCUGCACCAUUAGAGGGCUUAGAGACAGAAGGAUCAGGCUGUCCGUGCCCACAGCGAUUCAGCUAUAUGAGCUUCAAGAUAGGCUUGGACUGAACCAGCCCAGCAAGGUAAUUGAUUGGCUCAUUGAAGCCACAAAACAAGACAUUGAUAAGCUCCCACCUCUUCCAAUCCCUUUUGGUUUUCCCCAAUUUCAUCUCCAACACGACCAAACCCUACUUCCUGAUCAUGAAUCAAGCUCUUCCUCUCAUCAGCCACCUUCUCAGUUUGGAGCUUUCUUUGAUGCUAAUAAUAGCACCAGUUUGAUGGAUGCAGUGUCGAGGCUAAAAGGAAAAGAGUUAGAUGAAAGAGAAGGGUGUGUAUGGGAUAAAGGGAAGUGGGUGAUGAAAACAAACAAUGAACAAGACGGAAUUGGUGGUUCUGCUCAGAAUCUUUUCCCGUCUGGGAAUGCUUCUUCUCACCCUUGUUUACCUAUGACGUAUUAUAAUAAUCCCUUCCAUUCUGAACCUUCAAAUUUUCUAUCUUUAUUUGGAAGCCAUGGUGCGUUCCCAAAUAAUACUACUAAUAAUAAUCACCAGGUAGACCCUGGCCAUACUAGUGUGCAGUUUCCAUCUUCCUCAUCAGCUGUUUCCCAACUGUUGUUCUGCCCAAGCACAUCUGCAACAACACCGUCACUUUUUGCUCCUUAUUAUGCUCCAUACUCAAUGUCACUGGAAACAGACCCAAGAAUGCAACAAUUGAACCAUAUUCAAUUGAUGAGCUCAUCCAAUUCUCAUCCUCAUCCUCUCGUUCUUCCAUCUCUGAAGCCCCUUAUUCCAGCACCGCCUUUUACUUCCAGGCUCCUUGAUUCAAAUGAUAAGGAUACUACUCCGUCUUGAAGGGCAAUGGGUGUGUGCUAGCUAGCUUGCCUUCAUAAGAUAUUGCUCAUGGCAGUUAAUUGCUGAUCAAGAAGCUAAAGCACACGGCGGCCUGCAGCUGCAUUAUGCCUUUGAUGUACUUAUGAGCAUUCUCAGAAGCUAAACAAAGUCAUGAAUUCGUUCAUGUCUGUAAGUAUGACAGUAAUUGAAUCCUUAUGAUGCGUACCAGUUUGAUAUUUCAUUAUCAUUAUUUA